UUAAAAUGAGUGAAAAUCAACAAAAUUCUAAUGAUGAUUUGUCCAGUAAUUUAUGUUCUUGUUCUACUAUUAAUUGUGAAGAUUCUUUAAACCGUAUAAAAUUAUUGGAGGUUGAAAAAGACAAAACAAAUUUGGCUUUUCAAUUAAUUUUGGCUAAACUUGAUUUGUUAACAAUUAACUCAACAAAACAAAAUUUCUCUGCAAAUAAUGUUUAUCUUCAAGAACAAGGAUUCUGUCAAAAUCAAACAAUAAUUAAACAAUUACAAGAAUUGAAUGAGAAAAUGAGUGAAGAUUUUAAGCAAAAACAACAAAAAGAAAAAAUAAAAUAUUUAGAAUUGGAUAAAUUGGAAAAAGAAGAGGAAAUUAAAAUCUUAAAAGAAAAUUUGGAAGAAACUAAAAAUGAUUAUGAAAAUAAAAUUUUAACAAUGGGAGAAGCUGUGGAUGGAUGUUUUAAAAUUAGAGAAGAAUUUGUGAAAUUAAAAGAGGAAAAUAAAAAGAUUUAUAAAGAAAAAUUAGAAUUAUUAGAGCAAUUUAAAGAUGUAUUAGAGGAAUUGAGAGAUGACAUAUUAGAAAUGAGAAAUAUGAAAAAAAUUUUGUUGGAAUUAAACAAAAAAUUGGAAAUUUCUGAAUAUUUAAUAUUUUCGCUUCGUCUGGAAAUUACGUUAAAUAAGAGGAAAUAUGAACAGGAAAUUAAAGAAAUCAAAGAUUUAGCGGAAGAUCUAGAUGAGAUAACAAAAAAUGAACAAUUACAAUUAGAAAUUCAGAAAAAAGAUGAAAAGAUUCGUUCAUUAGAAAUGGAAGUUAAAGAGCAACAACAACAAGAAAACAAAAUAAAAUAUUUAGAAUUGGACAAAUAUGAAAAAGAAGACGAAAUUAAAAUUUUGAAAAAGACAUCGGAUGGAGCUUUAGAUCAAGUGUCUAAAAUUAAAAAAAAAUUUGGAAAAAUAAAAGAGGAAAAUGAGAAGAUUUUAAAAGAAAAAUUAGAAUUAUUAAAAGAAUUGGAAGAAAAUAAAUUAAAAAUUGAAAAAUAUGAAGAAGAUAAAAAAUUGGAAUUAAUUAAUUUGGCUAAAAUGAAAAAUGAAAAUGAGGGGAUUUUUAAAGUAAAAAAUAAAUUAUUGGAAGAAUUGGAGGAAUAUAAAAAUAAAAUGUUAAAAAUUGAAGAAGAAAAUAAAGAAUUAAAUAAAAAAUUAAAAGAUUCUGAAUAUAGACGUGAACAUGAAAUUGGAGUAAUUUACUUGGAGAGAUCAGAAUUUGAAGAUGAGCUUCGUGAAAUUCAUCUUACAUAUGAGUCAGAAAAAAAUAAUGAACAACUUUUAAAACAAAUUAAAGAAUUAAAUUUGGAAAAGACUAAUGUUCUUGUAGAAAAUAAUUCUCUUCUUACUGAAAUUCGGGAAAAAAAUGAGAAAAUCAGUUCUUUAGAAUUGCAAGUCAAAACGGCGGAAAGAAGAAUUAAUUCUCUCAGUAUUAAAAUUGAUGAAUUAACAACAAAAUUGGAUCAAUUAAAUAAAGAAAAUGACAAACAAAUUGUUUUUGUGAAAAGAACAAAUAAAAUAAAUUCAAUUAAAAAUGAAAAUUCUUGUUGUGGAAAUAAAUGUAUUAAUUCUAAUUUACCUACUGGUUAUUGUGAAAAUGGAAAUGGAUAUGUUAAUGUUUAUGAGAAUGGAAUAAUAAAAUAUAGAAAUAAAAAUGUUGAUGAUUGGAAUAGCGAAAAUAAAUGGAUUUGUUUGUCUGCACAAUAUCCAUUCAACAAAGCUUCAAGUCAUGACAGUCUUCCGUCUUUAGUUUAUUUUGAAAUGAAAAUAUAUCAAGUACAUAAUUCGAAAAUGUAA